AUGCCAGUAGUCAUAGAUACCCCACAGUCUGCACCUCCUGAUGGAGGAUGGGGCUGGGUAGUGGACUUAGCAUCUUUUAUCUCCAUUGGAUUUUCAUACGCAUUCCCCAAAGCCAUCACGGUGUUCUUCAAAGAAAUUCAGCAAAUAUUCAACACUUCCUACAGUGAAAUUGCAUGGAUUUCAUCGAUUAUGUUGGCUGUUAUGUACGCAGGAGGUCCCAUAAGCAGUAUUUUGGUGAAUAAAUAUGGUAGCCGUCCCGUGGUGAUGGUAGGAGGUGUGUUAUGCUGCUUGGGAAUGGUCUCUGCCUCUUUCAGUACCAGCGUAUUAGAGCUUUACCUCACCAUCGGAUUCAUUGGAGGUUUAGGUCUUGCCUUCAACCUGCAACCUGCCUUAACAAUCAUUGGCAAAUACUUCUGUAAAAAACGACCCAUGGCGAAUGGACUCGCCAUGGCAGGAAGUCCUGUUUUUUUAAGUACUUUAGCUCCUUUCAAUCAGUUUCUUUAUAAUACUUAUGGCUGGAAAGGAAGCUUCUUGAUUUUGGGAGCUAUACUCUUGAAUGCCUGUGUGGCUGGGGCCCUCAUGAGACCCCUUGGACCUAAACAAACUAAGUCCAAAAAUAAGAUCAGUGCAAGAGUUCUUCAACCAGGUGUGAAGAAAAGCCGUAAGAAGAAAUCGACAUGGAAAAUAAUUAAUAAGUAUUUAGAUUUCUCCCUUUUCAAGCAUAGGGGAUUUUUGAUAUAUUUAUCUGGAAAUGUCAUUAUGUUUCUAGGGUUUUUUGCCCCCAUUAUUUUUCUGGCUCCAUAUGCUAAAGACAAAGGGAUUGAUGAGUAUUCUGCAGCUCUCCUGCUGUCUAUUAUGGCUUUUGUUGAUAUGUUUGCUAGACCUGCUGGAGGUUUUAUUGCAAACUCCUCACUUGUUCGACCCCGCAUCCAGUACUUUUUCAGUUUUGCAAUUAUGUUCACUGGAGUGUGUCAUCUCUUGUGCCCAUUGGCAGAGGAUUACACAAGCCUGGUGCUUUAUGCUGUAUUUUUUGGCCUUGGAUUUGGCAGUGUUAGCAGUGUUCUCUUUGAAACUCUCAUGGACCUUGUUGGUGCUCAAAGAUUUUCCAGUGCUGUGGGUCUCGUCACAGUAGUAGAGUGUUGCCCAGUUCUUCUUGGCCCUCCUCUUGCUGGUAAAUUGGUGGAUGAAACUGGAGAAUAUAAAUACAUGUAUAUGGGCUGUGGAGCUAUUGUGUUCCUAUCAAGUUUGUGGUUGCUCAUUGGCAAUGCUAUAAACUAUAGAUUGCUUGCAAAGGAAAAGAAGUUGGAAGAAGCAAGGAAGAGAAUGCAUAAGCUUGAGGCCAGAGAAUCUGAAUCUUUGAGCAGAUCUAAACACUCUGUUGUUAGUGUCAAAAAUAAGAGAUCAAGGAGUAAGAGCUCAGAAAGAGAAACUAAUAUAUAA